GACUGACCGACCGACCUUCCGACCUACCAACCCAAGGAGUUUCGUAGUUGAGUCGCAGGUCUCAUAAGUCAAUGUGAUAUAUCCAAUCCACGAUAGCAGGUCACGUGAAAUGAAAUUGUAAACAAGCGCACGUGCGCUGGUCAAAUGACAACAAAGUUGCAGUUCAUGCAUUGCAUCGGUCGAGACACUCGAGUAGAAAAACUACAGUGCAUAGAUUAGGCCCAAAUCAUGUUUUUAUAUCCACCGACCAUGUAGACAAAGCAUGUCUUUAGAGUAUCGUUAUCAGUUCCUUACCGCGUGGGCUCGUUUUCCCGGUAUAAUUGACUGGAGAUGCUGCUGUCAGACACGUCGGACUCCAUCACGUCCAUUGCGCUGGGCACUACACAGAUACAUGUGCUAUAGAGAAGCGAAAGGGAUACUGCAUAUGACGGUAGGUUGGCAGGUCGGUCGGUCGGUCGGUCGGUCGGCGUUUUUCCGGUUACCACACAAAAGUGCUCUCUGAGAAGUUUUUGAAGAAGAGGCAGUAUGACAAUUUUCAGAAAAACUCAAUUCACUAUGAACCAACAAGGUCUGAGUAACACUGAGGUAGGGUCUGUUACCAUUGAGACUGAUGACAGUGAAAGGAUGAUGAGAAAGUUCGACAAGGUCUUCACCCUCUUCUGUAAUCCAGAGGUCUCAAUCGAAGAUGACACCAUUCCUGAUCGACUUCUUUCUUGUAUCUGUGAGAUGCUGACCCUUAUGUCUCAAAAGAAUGGUGCCGUGAGCCUACAGGAGUUCCUGCGCCUUGAAGGGGUCGACAAUCUCAUGACGAAUGCACCAUUGUGUCAUCGUAAUACGAAGAUUGCUGCAUUUACGCUUAAAGUCUAUGCCUUGCUUGGAAAGAUUGAAGGAGGUUACCAGUUAAUUGCAGAGAAUGGUUCUCUAAAGAAAGCCUUUGCGGGGUGUCGUCGUUCUGACAUGUUUCUGGAUGCUACUGUGAGGGAGGCUUGGUUCACAGCGCUGGAGAUGAUGCUCACGAAUCACGAGGCUUUGGAGUUGGUUGUGGAAAUAGGUGGUAUCAAUAAAAUAAUGAAGUCCCUGACAGAUCCCAGUAUGUUUGUGUCGAAAUCUGCCAUCAAAUUGCUGAAGAAGAUAUUGCAGUGUGUUGAAGAGACAUCUUCACAACAGAAAGCCAGUGAUUUGGAGUCCCAAGGAAAGCUUCUAACUUCAGGAGGAAUCACAUUAGAAUUGUUUGGUCUCUUGGCAUAUGCUGUCAAAGAAAAGGAUGUGACUGCCUCCACUGCCAUGCUGAAUACGUUAUCAGAUAUCUGCGCUACAGAAGGCAUAACUAAAUGCUUAUUUUUGAAUAACCAGCAUGUGAUUCUCCUGUCCCGGUGUCUUGAAGAUGCCAGCCUGAUUAAGCCAGCGUCUGAACUUAUCUUGAAGGCCAUGGAGCACACAAAUAUCCUGCCCUGUCCUCUACCUAGUCUGCUGGCUGAGAGCUCUGAACGCCUGGUGAGACUGCACAAGCUUGAUGAUGCCCUUAGAACAGCUGCUAAAGUUCUAGUCGUAUUUGAAUCCAGAGAUAAGUUGAUCCACCAAAAGCAAAGAUCCCUUCUUCAGCAUCCAAUACGACUAUUGACGCAAGACUCUGUUAGCUCUGUCGACCCUUUACAGGAAUUCUUUGAUGGGAAAGCCAUCUUUAGGAGAGCGACACUUUGCCUGGUGUGUCGCUGUAAGGAUCUCAUGAAAAAUAGCCCCGAGGUUGAACCAGUCCUGACUCUCCGUGACCUUCACACAGUUCUAGAAACAACGUUAACUGUCGGUAUCCCAAUCUCAACGAAGUGGUCUCAGUUUCUCCAUGGGUCAGUACAGAUACAGAAAGCUGCCUUUGACUAUUUGAAGUUAAUUGCUGAUCAAAAGACUGCCUGUCCUAAAGAAGAUUUGGAGAAGACAGUGGCUAUUUUGAUUGCCAUUCUGGAAUCAGCUGAUACAGAUACUGGGGUUAUGGUUAAAUCCAUUGACACAUUACUUGCCUUCAUCGCAUGUAUGCUCGUGUGUUUGCAUCCAUUUCCAAAUAUUGGCCGCCUCAUGCAGAAGUUGAUGUGUGAUGUCAGGUGGGAGGUCAGGGAUUCUGCUUUAACAUUUGUUGCUGGAGUUUGUGCAUCAAAUUCAGAGAAAGUAACUGAUUGGAUCCUGGAGCACAACUUUCAGCAGUUCGUUAUGGAUGGUAUCAAAGAUAGCGAUAACUAUGUCCGAGCUACAGCACUUUCUAGUAUCCAACAGAUGUUCAGUUGUCGACAAUUGUGGAAAACUGCUGAUCAACUGGAGCAGCUGGUUGAUGCGGCCAUGGAAAUCAUCACAAAUGAUGCAGAAGGCUUCCCACGCAGAUCAGCCAUGUCUCUUCUCUGUUACCUCGUCAAGGCUGGCUCUAUCCCAGAGACAGUGCUCCCAAAGACUUACUCAUGUGUUGCUAGUGCCAGGAAUGACUUUGACUGGGAAGUGAAGUUACAUGCAAUCGAGUUCUGGGAAGGUGUGAUUGCAAACACCUUGCUUGAAGGAGGCAGUCAUCUGAGAAAUGGGAAUGACAUUCCAAGUUAUGCUCAAACUUUAUUUCAAAACUCAUUUACACUUACAUGUGCAGCUGACAAUGAUUGUGACGGUGGCAGUGAAGGGACAAAAAGACAAAAAGACUACUUGGAGAAACUUGAGAGACUGCAAUCGAAUCACUGCCUCGAAUCCUUACUGUCAUCAGCUGGCGAUUAUGAUCAGAGCGUCAAAUUAAAAGCUUGUGAGGUUCUGUUAGAUUUGCGGACAAAAUGUGAAUCUCGGGGCAUAAGUUCUGAUUUCAUAGACACCGAGUUGAAGAAAGUUGGACUGACCAAAGCUGACGAUACAAUCGAAUUUGGCAAUUUUUUAUCAUUUUCCAGUGAUUCAAUGUUGAAUUCUGAGACCUUUAUAGAGGUAAAAGUUGAUGGAGACUGCAAGUGUGAACAUUUCUCUCGGACUUUUCAAUUCUUAUCCAUUCUGUUUAGCUUGGACCUUGACACUUUGAUGAGACAGUUGCAACAGACCACAGAUGAGUAUGUGUCCAAUCCUGAAUCCUUAUUGGACGACAUCAUUGCCUGGUCAACUGAAUCCGAGGAUAUCUUAGUGGAUUGUUAUUGAUAUUUGUACAAGAGAGGAUGAACAUCUCAAUCAGAUCUUUGCUUUUCUUUCAAAUGAGUGGAGAUUUGAAGUUCUUCAGAUACGUUUGCAUUGCAGUAGGCAUUACUGAACUAGGACAAAGCAUAUUUUAGUCGAGAAUGGUAUUGCCCUAAUUUUAAAACAAGCAAGCAGUAUCAUCGACAAUGGUGGCAUAUUGCCAGGUGUAUUAUUAUUUUAACUCCUGCACAGCAUGCCUUUUUAGCACCGCCUGAGAAAUUGUAAGAGAUUCAAUGUGUUCCAUGUACUGUAUACAC